AGAGAGAGAGAGAGCGUGUCUUGUAUUCGUACAAUACACGUUACCUCACACGUACUCUGAAGACACAGCAGCGAACAGGGCACCCGUAUAUAUCCGUUGCAUUACUGGCUGUUUUCUUUCAGAGAGAGCUCUGCAGACCUGAAAACACCAGGAUUCCUGCCGAAGUGGAACGCACGCCAGUUACCACAGUCUUUCCUGGAUUCCCUUCAACCUUCUCGCCGCAUUUCUCCAUCCUAGGUUUUCUGGAAUGAGCUGUUUUCCUGCUUGCGUCGUUUCCAUGUCAGCAUGGGAACUGCCGUGUCCAAAAGGAAGAAUAUAAGAAACGAUGCGACAUCUUCCGUGGCAGCAAAAGUUAGAGCAGCGCGAGCGUUUGGAGAGUACCUGUCCCACACACACCCUGAGAACCGAAACGGAUCAGCGCAUCUCCUGUCUGACACGUUUGUGGGCCCAGACUCUGUCUCCCCUGGCGGUGUCCGUCACCACAACAACAACCAUCCAUACCCCCACAGGGGCUCUCCGGCCUCCCCUGAGUCCAGCCUGGUGAAGCCUCCGCUGGACCACCUCCAGCCCCCGCCCGCCUCCAUCACCACCACCAAGACCCGCCUGUCUCUGGAGCGCAGCUUCUCGGCCGAGGAGGACCAGCAGAAGUGUGUGGAGUGCGCCCUGCAGCCCGCCCGCGUCUACACCAUCACUGGAGAGCACGGCAUGCUGGGUAGCAACCGGGGCAGCAAGGAGAGCCUGGAGCUGGAGAUGCUGAAGGGGGCGUCAAACCUGGUCCAGCCCUCAACCUCCCCCUCCUCCUCCACCUCCUCCUCCUCACCCACCCAGCACCACCUCCACCAUGGUCACCGCAGCAACACUCACCGCGAUGAUGGGAGCCAUCGCCACGGCAACCCCGUGGCCAGCGGCAGUGGCAGCAACCAUCACACUCUGACUGUUACCGGUGGGGGCGCCUCCCACCAUGGUCAUCAUGGCAGCCACCACCACCUAUCCCAGCAGCCUCUGUCGAGCUCGGUCAGCGCGCAAAACAUCCGCAGCUGGGGCGAGGGGGGAAAGGGGGGCUCGCGGGAGGACUGCAGCCUCAAUGUGGUCUUGGACUCUAGUGGGGCCCCGUCCCGUAGCCAGGGCUCCCUGGAUCUAGAGAGCUCCCGCGAGGCAGGCAAGCAACACAGGCGCCUAGAGAGGAUGUGGAGUGUGGGCCGGAUGACUGGGCUGGAGAGAGAGGACAACAACUGGUACCCAAAAGAAAAUAUGUUUAGCUUUCAGACUGCUACUACCACCAUGCAGGCGAUAUCGAACUUCCGGAAGCAUCUUAGAAUGGUGGGCAGCAGGAGGAUGAAGGCACAGACAUUUGCCGAGCGUAGAGCGAUGAGUUUCAACCGCUCCUGGAGUGAUCCCACCCCUGUCAAGAAUGAUUCUCCACAUGACCCCAGAGACAGUGGAGACCUGCCUGCCUCGUGUGGGACCCUGGAUGAGGGGGAGCGUGAGGAGCUAGACUGGGAGGAGGAGAGGGAGAUGGAGAGACUGGCCUGUGAGGGAGACGACUUCAUCCCACCCAAAAUCAUGCUGAUCUCCUCCAAAGUCCCCAAGGCGGAGUACGUUCCCACCAUCAUCCGCAGGGAUGACCCCUCAAUCAUCCCCAUCCUCUAUGACCAUGAACAUGCUACGUUUGAUGAUAUCCUCGAGGAGAUCGAGAAGAAGCUAACAGCCUACAGGAGAGGCAGCAAAAUCUGGAGGAUGCUCAUCUUCUGUCAGGGAGGUCCAGGGCAUCUGUACCUGUUGAAGAAUAAAGUGGCCACAUUCGCCAAGGUGGAGAAAGAAGAGGACAUGAGCCAGUUCUGGAGGAGGCUGAGUCGGUUUAUGAGCAAAGUAAACCCUGAACCCAACCUCAUCCACAUUAUGGGAUGCUACGUCCUGGGAAACCCCAAUGGAGAGAAGCUGUUCCAGAAGUUGAAGAACCUGAUGAGGCCUUACUCCAUCGAAUUUGAGUCGCCACUGGAGCUGUCUGCGCAGGGAAAAGAGAUGAUUGAGAUGUACUUUGACUUCCGUCUCUUCCGUCUGUGGAAAACCCGCCAGCACUCCAAACUCCUGGACUACGAGGAUCUUUUGUGACGGGACUCCAAGUCAAGUCAGCCCUGUAGCAUUCAUACAGUGUAUACUGGGGCAGGAGGACCCACUGAACACCACUGCUCAACUCAACCUUACUGCUCAACCCCACUGUAACACCCAUCAUACCUGCUUUCAUCCAGGACUGGGAGAGAGGGGUGAAGAAGAAGAGGAGGGAGAGUGGUGAUAGAGAGUAGGUAUAGGAGGAGGGUGGGUGACAUAGCAGCUGUCAUGGUGCUGUGUGUGUCACCCAUUAUUUAUUUCAACCCUCCUCUUCACCGCCUACGCAACCACAAAGGUCGAGGGUCAAAAAGAGAGAAACCAAGCAGAAGGGAUGCUAGAAGGACAACAAGACCUGAAGAUGGAGAAGGGGGAUGAAGGGAUCUUCUGUGCUCUUGCUCUCUCCAUCAUGAAAUGAGGAAUAAAAACAUGUCUUUUUCUUUUUGAUGUUUGAGGUGCUUAUAGCACAGUUAUACUUUAAAGGGCAGUUGUUUGGUUCUGUUUUGGUUGGACCUCUCAGAGAAUCUGGAUUGGAAAAGCAUAAUUAAAUCCAUAUAUAGAUGUGUAUGUAUACAUCACAUGAAUAUAGUCUAGCUCUAGUCAUGCAAAUUCUCGCUAUAUAACAAUAUGAUACAUCAUUUAUGUUUGCUGUUUCUUCUGGACUCUCUUCAAUAACUCAGGUUUUAACCAUGAAAUAAUCUCUGUUUGUUUGAUCCCCUACUCUACCAGAUAUUGUAAUCAUCAUUGCCAUUGCUUGGGAUGAAUGUAUAUCUCAUGUAUCUUCUAUCUAUUUCAACUGAUUCAGCUCCAGAGCCAAAAGUGUAGGGAUGAUGUCACUACAAAUACAUAUGUGUGUGUGCAUGUGCGUUCGUAGGUCCGUGUGCGUGCGUUCGUGUGUGUGUGCGUUUCCCCUCUCUGAUAUAGCCAUGCUGAACCAUUCCAUUUCACACCACAGAGUGAAGUCACUGACACACACUUCCAGCAGAUGAGUUGUGAUGUCAGGUCUGGUGUCAUGGCCAAUAGCUCAAGCAAAACCCCUAUCAGUGUUACCCUGUGGAUCGCUUUCUACUGUCUCCAUCGGGGUGAUGCCACUUAAAUGGCCCAUAUCAAUACCUUCCGUCCGUAGCUGUACUCCAUCUAGCCACAACCCUGUUGGUUGCUCUCACCAUCAGUUAGACAGUUCUGGCUCCCCCCCAGCACCCCUUUCUCCACUGGGCCUUAGUCCAGUCAGAAAAUAGGCACUUAAGGAAUUGGUCUGAUCUUCCAGCAUUCCAAGCUAUUAAGGAGCCGUCUGGGGCUCUUGGUAGGUGUCCUGGGGCUCUUGGUAGGUGUCCUGGGGCUCUUGGUAGGUGUCCUGGGGCUCUUGGUAGGUGUCCUGGGGCUCUUGGUAGGUGUCCUGGGGCUCUUGGUAGGUGUCCGCAGAGUUAUGUGCUGUAAUGCACUGAGGGGAGAGUAUUAUGUGUGUGUGUGUGUGUGUGUGUGCGUGCGUGUGUGCGUGCAUGUUCAUCAGUAUCACACCAUAAAACUACUGUAUCAAGAACACUGGGGGCAGGCAGUCAGAUAGCCAGAGGAUGGCCAGGGGACAUCUAAAAGACAUAACUCCACACUAGUCAAAGCCAUCCAGAUCACACACACAGCAUUAUUCCCUGCACAGCUAGCUGUUCUCUGUCGACGCCAAGUUAACGCAAACAUAACACAUUCGUCUUCUUUUGUGUGGCUGUUCUGUUGUCCUUUUUCAUGUUCUUGAGGGUGAAGAGUUGAGUGGUGGAUAUCGAUGUCAUCCCUCAGAUAUAGCAAAAGAUGCCAACGCAUUGUCUGCUCACUGUUGGAGUCUGAGUCAUGUAACCCAGACUCUGACUCAGCAGUCAGCAGAAGUUCAAUAGGUACUCUUCUGUUCUUUUCUCUGUAGUUCAUAUAAGCCUUCGUUGCUACAUCUAAUUAAGGAUGCAAACAGCAAUACUGUGUCUCUCACUCUACCCGUAUCUCAUCCUUUAUGGAACAUCCAUUUCUAUGACUAUACUGUUACCUUUUCAAUAUAUAGUGUGAGGGAAAUAUAAAGUGUUAGGGAAAACAUAAGAACGUAUUAAAAAGAAAUAUAUAAAAAAGAAAUGAGGAUUUGUUUUACCUAAUCAUUUAAGUGAUUUGCUUCUUGCCUCUAUUAAUGUUACUGUAUAUGGUAUGGUAUAGAGCACAGAGUGAGAAUCCACAGACGUAUUUCUCCUCGAUCUGUGGUUUGUAGCAGCAACAUGGAAGA